AUGUCCAGAAGCAGUAGCAGUGAGAGUAAGAGUUGUAACAGAGGCCAUUGGAGACCAGCUGAAGAUGAGAGACUGAAACAGCUUGUGGAGCAGUACGGUCCUCAGAACUGGAAUUUCAUUGCGGAACAUCUUGAUGGGAGAUCAGGGAAAAGUUGCAGGUUGAGGUGGUACAACCAACUAGACCCAAACAUAGUAAAAAGGCCAUUCACAGAGGAGGAGGAGGAAAUACUGCUAGCUCUUCACAAGGUAAAAGGAAACAAAUGGGCUGCAAUUUCAAGGUUCUUGCCCGGAAGAACUGAUAAUGCUGUCAAGAAUCACUUCCAUGUCCUUAUGGCAAGGAGAAAGAGAGAACGUUACACGCUCUUUGGCGACCGAAGCGGCAAUUACACUAGUAUUAAUCAUAAUCAUAUUCCUAUAAUUGACUCAACCUCGCAAAGGCCUACCUCAGGGAUUAAUAACUUCACCUUCCAAAACAGCAGAAACCUGGGCAUCUUCGAUAUCACUUCCUCACAUUCAUUAGGACUGAAUCCUUGGAAUGCUCGAAGUGAUUCCUCGACCAUCUCGUCAGAGUUACUGAGUUUUGAAGCUCCUGAUGCUUCUAAGCCUCACAUCGAUCACUUUAAUGCCUCAAGUUCAGCUGCUUCUUGUUCGCUUGGCAGUUACAGUAGUUUUACUGCCCCAGGAAUUCCCAGUAUUGGAAGGGUCGUUCCUCUUCCUCAGAGGUUCUCAAAGUCCUAUUUUGCCCAAAGAACUGAGGAUUAUUCCAUCAAAGGCAUGCCAGACAAGACAACUCUGGAAGAACAAGUUGAAAAGCUUAAAGGUGUUUCCUUUAUAGACUUUCUUGGUGUGGGAAGUUGUUCUGCCAGCGACAGUUGA